CGGGCUGCCAUGGGGGAUCGGUCAGACCGAGCCAAGGAAACCCCCCCGAGCAGACUGCGGGCUAAAAAUGGACAAUUCCUACGUGGAAGAAGUGGCCGCGUCUCUGGUGAGAGAAUUUCUCAGUAGAAAGGGUCUGAAGAAAACCAUCAGCACCAUGGACCGGGAGCUCCCACGUUCUGCAUUCAGCAUCAAUAACAGGAAUGAGCUUCGAAACGUCCUGCAUUUACACUCCCUGUACAAACAGAACAAGGCCAAGGAGAACCCUCUGAAAACACUCCUUGAAAUCAUUACUAAUUAUUUCCUUGAGCACCGUGGGACCUCCAGGAGCACCAGUUCAAGUUCUGCACUGGCAGCUUCUCAAAGUAAGAGCUCAGCAUCCCAUCCACCUGACCUCUCAGAUGAAGAACGUGGAUGUGGAAAUGCCAACCUGCCUCAUGACAGCAAAACUCAAACUUCCAGACACGAUGUUGAGAAUCCACCUGAUAAAAUCCUUCAAUUCAGAAAACAUCAACACAAAAGUGAAAAAUGCCACGCAGGGACAAUAUGCAACAGCCACUUAACCUCUGAUGGGGAUAAGAAGUUAAAGGGUAGUCAAGAGGAUUUAAAAUCAGCAGUCAUUUCUGAAGAGCUGCAAGCCACAGUGAAGGACAAGCAGAGGCCCAGGUCUGGUCUCAUUGUCAGAAGCAUGAUGGCUGGACCAGGAGCAAGUUCUCCAGAGGAUCAGCAGAGAAGGAGGUCAAAACGCUCCACCAGCAUCAGUAGCACAGCACUGCUCAAGGGUGAAAAACAUGAAGAAAAUGACCCGAGUGCCCCAAAAGUCGAUUCCCAAGAAAAUAAAGGAUGCUCAGCACAAGUAAACCCAGAGAUUGCCUCAAGGACUUUGUCAAGUUCACAUGUGAGUUCAGCUUCCGAAAAACUAAGGACCAUCUCCAAGGAUACGUGUGACUCUUUUAUCAAGCUGCUGUCUGAAAGAGGGAGGACCAAGAUGGAGGAAAGAAAAUCACUGCCAAGCUUUUGUACAGACAGCGGUGAGAAAAGCCUUAAAGUCAGUGCCCUGCACAGACAUUCAGGGACUGGAAGGGAGAAGAGAGAAAGGGCGCUCAAGAAAAGUGAGAGCUGGUUAUCAGGCCACAGGAAGUCUCCAACAUCCACUUGGAAUAAAGAAGACCAGAUGAAAGAUACCCUAGAAUUAGUUGAUGUUGAAGAUGAAGAAACAACUGGAGAAGUCAGUAGGAACCUGAAUCUUUCAGCAAUGCAUAUGCUUCAAGAAGCAUCAAAGGCAAUUGAUAUUUCCCUUGCAAAAGAAUUAAAAAAUCUUCUGUUUGGCUCCAGUCUUUGUUGCUUCAGCGAAGAAUGGAAAAUACAGAGUUUUACAUUUAAUAACACACCUCAGUUAAAAUAUGGCAUUGUACAAAAAAAGGGUGGCCCAUGUGGAGUACUGGCAGCAGUUCAAGCUUGUGUUCUACAGCAGCUUAUCUUUGGAGACAGUAACAGAAAUAAGGAUGCUCGCUGUCUCCAGCCCUCAGAAGCUCACAGGACCAAAUGCCUCACCAUGGCUAUUGCAGACAUCUUGUGGCGUGCAGGAAGCAAUGAAAAAGCAGUUGUGGCACUGCCGUCAGGAAGACAGCAGUUCACUCCCAUAGGAAAAUAUAAGGCAGAUGGAAUCUUAGAAACUCUAAUCCUGCAUAGUGCCACAAGAUAUGAAGAUCUGAUUAUACUUCUUCAGCAGAAUAUUCACCAGUUUGAAAUUGGUCCCUGUGGGUGCAUCCUUCUGACCGUGUCCGUCAUCUUAUCGAGAUCCAUCAAUCUGGUGCGCAAUGAUUUCGACGUCCUCACGAACCGACUGAUCGGCAGCCACGGCUACUGCACUCAGGAAUUAGUGAACUUGCUGUUGACUGGCAAAGCUGUGUCCAACGUUUUCAACGAUGUGAUAGAGCUGAAUUCUGGAAAUGGAAACAUCACCAUUCUGAAAGGCAUCACAAGCCGCAGUGACAUUGGUUUGCUGUCUCUUUUUGAGCACUAUGACGUCUGCCAGGUCGGUUGUUACCUGAAGACUCCUAAAUACCCAAUUUGGUUGGUAUGCAGUGAAAGCCAUUUCAGUGUGCUUUUUUGUCUGGAAAAGGAUUUACAAGGCGACUGGAAAACCGAGAGGAGGUUUGAUCUCUAUUAUUACGAUGGCUUGGCCAACCAAGAAGAAGAAAUACGAUUAACAGUUGACACGACUCAGAUGUGCACUGAAGAUAAAGAAAAUGAUCUUACUCCUCCACUUGAGCACUGCAUUAGGACAAAGUGGCAAGGAGCUGUUAUUGACUGGAAUGGCACAGAACCAAUCUUGUGACUGACCUGACCUGCACUUUAUUUGCACAGAAAAAAAAAGGAAAUGACAGAAUUAGCACAUUCCUAUUCCCACCAAUACAGGAAAUAAGACAGGAGUCCUGUGCCACUUAUGGUGAGGAAGAAUGACAUGGCUGUGUGCAGGCUGGAAGAGUGUCACCUUGUUCGCCUCAUGCUUUGGAUAUUUUGCUUAUAAUGCAAACAACACUUAGAUAAAUUCUUUGUUGAUGC